CUAUGACGUGGUGCACCACCUCCAUAGACAGCUGAAGGAGAAAGACGACGAACGUACACACUCUCUCUCUCUCUCUCUCUCUCUCUCUUCACAUAUGCACAGCGAGCACACAACGUGUCAGAUCUUUCGUCGAUUUCUCUCCAUCUCUCUGUUUUUCUCUUCGAAAUCGAACUUUUGGUGAAAAAGGAUAAAGAAAGAAAAGGAUAGGAAAGGAAAAGAAAAGCGUAGCAAAAAUGUCGGAGGCAGCAAAGGACCCAGCGAUCAAGCUUUUCGGGAAGACGAUCCCGGUGCUGAGCUCCGACGGCGACUCGGUCGGAGUCGCCGGGGGUCCGGAACCCUAUCUGCCGUCCGGAACUGUCGCGGAAGAGACUGUCGAUCAGGACCGCGCCGCCGCCUCCUCCAACUCUUCGCCCGAAGUCAAUACCCAAAGAGAACGGGAGGAGAAAGAGGUCAAUGACAACAAGGACACAUUCGGAGAAAAACCAAUUCAGGCGAAACAGGAAAAUGGAAUCACGACAUUAUCUUCGGAAGAGUUGACAAAGCCAGAUGCGGCAUCCAUAAUAGGUGUAAACCCUGAAUCACCUGUUGAGAAGGAGAAUGCCACAUUAAAGACAGAGAAGACUGAGGAAGAACAGAGUGACAGUAAUGCGCAGGAUAAGACCCUGAAGAAACCAGAUAAAAUACUUCCAUGCCCCCGCUGUAAUAGUAUGGACACUAAGUUUUGUUACUACAACAAUUACAAUGUCAACCAACCCCGGCACUUCUGCAAGAACUGCCAGAGAUACUGGACAGCUGGUGGGACAAUGAGGAAUGUGCCUGUGGGUGCCGGUCGUCGUAAGAAUAAGAAUUCUGCUUCUCACUAUCGUCACAUAACAGUCUCUGAAGCUAUGCCGAAUGCUCAAGCUGAUGUUCUCAAUGGAGUUCACCAUCCUUCAGUAAAACCGAAUGGUACUGUCCUAACAUUUUGCGGGGAUAUGCCCCUCUGUGAAUCAAUGGCUUCUGUCCUUCAUCUAGCUGAUAAAAAUAUACAGAACUGUACGCGUAAUGGAUUUCAGAAACCUGAAGGAUUGAGGAUUCCAGCUUCUUAUGGAGGUAGAGUAAAUGGAGAUGAUCAUUUGACUGGAUCAACGGUGACAGAUUCAAAUUCAAAGGAUGAAGCGUGCAAAUCUGGAUCACAAGAGCAAGUAUUGCAGAAUUAUCAGGGCUUCCCACCUCAAGUACCAUGCUUUCCUGGGGCUCCUUGGCCUUACCCUUGGAACUCCUCCCAAUGGAGCUCUCCUGUCACACCACCUGCGUUCUGCCCUCCAGGUUAUCCUAUGCCCUUCUACCCUGCAGCAGCUUAUUGGGGUUGUGCUGUGCAAGGCCCUUGGAAUAUCCCUUGGCUUCCUCCGCCAUCAUCUUUAAACAACAGUGCUCCAAGUUCUGGUCCCAACUCUCCCACCCUGGGGAAACAUUCGAGGGAAGAGAACACCAUGAAACAAAAUAGCUCCGAGGAAGAGGAGCCACCAAAAGAAAAGAGUGCCGAGAAAAACCUUUGGAUUCCAAAAACUUUGAGGAUUGAUGACCCUGGAGAAGCUGCAAAAAGCUCUAUAUGGGCAACAUUGGGGAUUAAGAAUGAUAAGGUUGACUCAGUUAGCAGCGGGGGACUCUUCAAGGCCUUCCAGUCAAAGGGCGAUCAAAAGAAUCAUCCCUCCGAUGCCUCUCCGGUCUUACAAGCCAAUCCAGCGGCGCUGUCUAGAUCACUCAAUUUCCAGGAGAGCUCGUAAAAUCGGUAGCUUAUUUUAAACUUCUUGUUUGCUUCAAGUGAUUCUAACAGUUCAGCAAAGCUCAACUGCUCCACACAAUAUGACACCGCCUUUCUACGCCCAGCAGUCUCGUUGAUUAACCAUCCUCGGCCACAAAACCAAAUGUCAAAGCCGUCAAUGGAGGAAUAUAAGAGGAGGAUUUUGCGGCCUUUUCACUUAAUUAGGAGCUGGGAGCCAACUUACCUUAAGCUGAAAUAGCCACUAAUUUUUCCCCUGCGAGUGCUACUAUGAAUAUUUGCAACGUAUGUAUUUUGAGUUAGACGGUUUGCUUGAGUUCUUGUACAUAUAUUUACAUGUAAAUUGAGAACUAGAAGAGUUCAGGUUUGUGUAGCAUAAUCCCAAAUAUGUACUUAAAUAACUUUGGGGAUUCAAAUGAAAAACUUCCUUUUCA